AUGGCCAAUCAACCCUUAGCCAGUGGACUUAGUGCUCAAGUCAAAAAGAAGCUCGAAGGCAAACGAGACAGAGAUCAGGAGCAGAGUGUACUUGACUGGAUAGAAGCUGUGCUUGGCGUCAAAGUUGAUCGUUCUAAACCAUAUGAAGAAGUACUGAAAGAUGGAGUGCUACUUUGCAAGCUUAUUAACAAACUGAAACCAGGAAGUGUCAAGAAAAUUAAUGAAAACUCUACAAUGCCAUUUAAAAUUAUGGAGAACAUCAAUGCCUUUCAAGAAGCAAUUAAAGCUUAUGGUGUGCCUACUUCUGAUGUCUUUCAAACAGUCGAUUUAUUUGAAAAGAAGGACAUUGCUCAAGUUACACAGUGCAUCUAUGCUCUUGGAAGAACUAAAUCAACAAACCUUGUUGUCUCGGAAUGUGUUUAAAAGAGUAAUUUAUCUAAAUAAAAUGAAGGUUACGGUGAAUAUUCGGUACAAAGUUGUUUCCACUUAUCCGGUUAGUACAACUAUCAGUGUCAAUCCGUGAACUAAUUGGAUAUCAAUAGAAAUCUACAAACCAACACUAAAAAGUUAAACUAAACGUCUCUAGUGACUGGCUACAUGUUGAAGUCUCCUGUAUUUCUAGUAAGAAUUUGUGACAAUUGGCGUUUACCAGGUCGGGUAUUAUGAGAAAAGCCCAGCGAUGACACUGGCUGUAGACUACGCUAUAAAUCGCGAACUUACACAAAUCAGAGUUCAUAGACCAAUGAAUUUCGUUCCAGUGGCUGAAUGGUCAACGGGCUCGCCUUGUAAGAUGACUGUCCUACCUUCGCUUCUAAGUGAGGUUAUGGGAGCGUACUGAUGAGGAGUCUCAAACUAAUACUCCUUGACUUAUAAAGGCUUUCCAAUUGAUGUCAGUCUGUGAUCCAACUUGGUAAAGAUGACCGCAAUAACCAGCAUAUAGGAAGUGUGAAACGGCUCAGAAACUUGCUUAGAUUCAUCCAUUUUGGUCAGCUAAUACUCAGUCGAUACAGUUUAGUUUAACUUAAAUUUAAGUGUUAUAUAAACGUUAAUCGGAAAUCUACACGUUGCUUAUGAAAUGUGACCAAAUGGAAGAAAUCUUAAACGUCACAAAACCAAUCAGACUGAUUGCCUUAUGGAAUGCAUAUAUAUAUAUAUUUAUAUAACGCAACAGUCAAAGAGGCAGAAAUAUCUGUAAAAUCAAAUAAAUGGAUACAUAGUGGGAGAAACAACUGAAGUAAAUGAGUGUUCAAAGCAUGCUGAAGUUGACGAGACUAUUGAUUAUUUUCUUAACUAAGUCCAACUUAUUAGAUAUUAUUUCUUUGUUCUAACCUUGCCUAGUUAAUUAGAUGCUGGUUUUCUAGCCGGUCUAAAGCUGGGGUAAAGGGGGAGAGUUGGGCGUAGGGCUAGCAACCAUAAAACACUAAAGCUAUAAAACCACAAGAGAAACCUCAACACACAGAAAGUAUUUUCUCUAGUUUGGUUUGUAAGGGUGAGUUAUGUUUUUACGAGUUAAUCACGGAUUGAUAUCAGUUAGAGAACUGUUUAAAACCAGGGAG